AUGCCCAAGAAGCAGGCGGGAGAGAAUAGCAAAAAGGCUGCCGGCAAUGCAAAGAAAGCCGAAGUAACAAACCAAAAAGCCACAGCUGAGGGUGCGAAGAAAGCAGCCUCUGAAGAUCAGGAAUGGGGCAAAGGCGCAAAAUCCAACGCUAAGAAGUACACACCUCUCCCUCCGCCCUCGAUUCAAUCUAACCAUACUUACAGAGAGGAAGCCGAAGCAAAGAAGCAAGAGGCAGCGCGUAAAAAAGCGGAGAAAGAUGCCCUCCUCGCCGCUGAAGAGAAAGACGCCCGCCCCACACCCAAAAACACCAAAACCGCAGUCAAAAAGACUAAAGGCCUCGACCUCUCCUCACUCGACGACGACGAACCCUCAUCCUCUAUCUCAAAAGGCAACCCGGCCCUCAACGCCACCGGUAUCGACAACGCCCUCGACGCCCUCUCCCUCGCCUCCGCCAACCCUUCGGAAAAGAUCGACAGACAUCCGGAGAGAAGAUUCAAGGCUGCGUAUGCGGCGUACGAGGCCCGACGCAUGCCCGAGUUGGAGGAAGAGCAUAAGGGGCUAAGGAAGAAGCAGAGGGAGGAUAUGAUUCGAAAGGAGUUUGAGCGGAGUCCGGAGAAUCCGUUCAACCAGGCGAACGCGAGGUUUGACACUACGAAGGAGGAGCUGAGGGAGAUGAAAGACCAGGAGAGGGAUAAGGUAGAGGCGAGGUUGGCGGCACGGUGA